UAUAUCUAUUUUAAUUACGUUAUUAUUUUGUAAUUUAAUUAUCUUCAUUAAUUUAUCUCUACCAGAGUUCGAUUAUAUUCUGUGAUUUAAGUGACCACGAACGAUAAUCUGAACUAUCAUGCAGCGAAUUGGGGAACUGUGUACUCUAUGGAUCAGAACGGGGGUAUAGAAAAGAAAGUUUCGCUACUGCCUUCAGUCACUGGUGGAUUCGUGUGGGACGUGCCUCGCGGUAAACCAAAAAAACGACGUUCACCGCCUCACAAAUUCUAUUACGCCGAUACUUUAAACCAUGAAAUCAUUGAAUACAAUUUUUGGAUUAAAAAUGGAGAGAUUGAAAUGACUGGAGUAGUGCACAACUUGCCAAAACAUAAAGUACCUGGCGAUCCUGGUCGUAUUGCAAUUGACUCAAACGGUUAUCUCUGGGUGCCUCUUCUGGGAGGCCACAGAGUCAUUCAAUAUGAUCCAUUUCAAGAAAAGGUGCUUAAAACUAUUGACAUACCUGCAGCUAAAGUCGGAGGAUGCACUUUUGGAGGUCUUGGCUUCAGUCUUUUAUAUGUAUCGACAAUAGGAUAUGGAAAAAAUGAAUAUCGUCCACCAGGCGAUGAAGGUGGUUAUAUUUACGCUAUCCACAACCUGGGCGUGACGGGACUGCCGACAAGAGAGUACUACUUGCAUAGAGAUAUAAUAUUCAAAGCCUCUGCAUCGUUGGAAGAAAUCUCUUUCAAGCGAAGUGGGAGAAAGCCCAAGAGCUCUCUUAAUAAGGGAGGUUCCCUUGAUGUGGAUCUGAAUCGCGUAAAUUACUAAACCAGAGUGCCGAUAUAAGAGGAGUUUCGGAGGUUGCCGUGCACGGGCCUUGCCACUAAAUCAGUUUCUGGAAACCUAAACAGCCUCCAAAAAUUGAUGGCUACACCGAGAGAAGUUGAGUAAAACCUUCGCGCUAUCGACGGGAGAUUUGCUGCACUUCUGUCUGGUGUGGUGUCUGCUUUUGAUUCGGAGCACUCGUUACCCCAAACUUGCGGAGAUCAGUCCCUUCGAAACGUGGGUGCUAUAUUUUCUUAAACUGCGCAAGCGCCGAACUGUGACGCAAGCGUAGCGUGUGUAGUAGGGCUCGAAUAUAAUGUUGCUUGAACGGUUAGGUCUGUUCGGGGUAAUGGUUUUCCCGAAUCAGUGGAGCCAUUCUACUAAACAGAAGUGGCGCUGUUCACUGUGUGAUUGACGCGACAAUUGUACAUGUCGGUUGAGCGGCUCUA